AUGUUUUUGUUUUUUUAUCUAAAUAUUAGCCAUUUAUUUAUAGCUUCUUUAUGCUAUCAAAUGAUUUAUAUAGAUUCUUUUGAGGAUAAUUAUGAUAAUGAAUUAGAAAAUAUUUCAUGUUCAUGGAGAUAUUUUUGUGAUGAAAAUUUUAAUUUCUGUGAAUAUGGUUGUAGUUCAAAAAAAAAAUUAAAAAAAGGAUAUAACUUACUAAAUACAAGCUCAUUGCAUGAUAAAUGUUUUGUGAAUUUAGAAUGUGACAAUUAUGAUAUAUUUUUUGAUUCAGAAAAUCUUAUAUAUUUUAUUUAUUUUUCUAAAAUUUUUUUUCUUAUUAAUCCGGAUUUCACAUUAUAUGUAAAUUUAAUGAAAAGAAGCAACAUAAAAGGAAAUAUAGGAAGAGUAACAUUAAAUGAAAAUAACUUGAAUGAAAAAAAUAGACAAGAUAAAAAUAAAAAAAUCCUUAAUAUUUUUCAAAAAAUAAAUUUUUAUAGAAAUUUAGUAACAAAAAAGUUUAAAAAAAAAUUGAUAAAGUUAUUAAUUUUUUUUAUUUUAAUUCACAUGAUUUUCUUUUAUCUUUAUAUUUACACUUAUUUAAAUCUAAAAAAAUAUGAUAAAAAGAAGCAAAAUAAUUAG